CCUAAAACAUCUCUUUGGCAAACAUCUAUUAUAACUCCUGUCCAUCCUGUUGUCCUUUCUCCUGUAAAAGCGCAUCCACCUCCCCUCCGUGUGUGUGUGUGAGAUGGUGUAGUAGGGGAUGCGCUAGACAAAUCCUGUUAUUUCAUCCCUUUGUCCGCGGACACCGACAGCAAGAGAUCUUCCAGUAAAACUAAUUAUUAUAGAAACUGGUCAUGAUCAUAGGUCAUGAUAGUUGCGACAAACGCGUGAUCGAAUCAGUCUCGAUCGUUGGUUGUGACAUUUUUUAUGAAUUUCGUCGACUGAUUGAAAAUCCAAUCACUGAAAAAAGCAAACCACUUUCGAACAAAUGAUGCACGGAUGUACCCGCGAUUUAAAGGUAUAAUCAAGGCAAAAUAAAACUGUCGAGAAUCUCAUUAAGAGUAUGAUCAUUUUGAAUCUCACCUAUUUUCUCAUUUUAUCUUGGACAUCAUUACGGUCUGUAAAUGAUUGCAUGCAUAUGUAACAGGGUAGAUGGGGUUGCUCUCCCAAUCUCACCACAAGAACCAUACACAACACUUUCAUGGGUUCUAAUAUAGCUCUUAUUCCCAGAUCCUGUGUAGGAAGGGCUGUAAAAUUUUUGCUGUUGUUUCUGCGUCUGCCUUUAAUGCUUCUGGGGCCUGCUGCUUUCAUUGCCACUUUUCAUGCUUUUGAUAGCUUUGAUGAUUUCUGUCUUACUCGGAGGACUGUUGUUGACAUGAAGUUGUUGAGUUGCUGACGCUGGAGAGACGAGACUCAACGACCUCCCGAGAAUCCACCACAGCAAGGUCUGCGCAUGCGCCGAAGGUCACAGUUCAUGGCAGUCUUUAUAGGUCAUUUCCGGUAAGACUCGAUCUCAGGGGGCAAUAACAGAAGAAUACGUACGUGUAUCUCUUUGAUAACUGCAAGUCACAUCUGUUGUUUUCGCCGAUCUCAAAUCGCAAGUGAAUUAUCUGUAACAUUGUCGUCUACAGCUAGUUGUUUCGUGCUUACCUGUGUUUUCUUUCAACAUUUUUGUAGCUUAGUCGAAAUCGAAACUUGAUCCCCACGAGGCCUACGUACACUAAUGCUAUAUCUUUACCGAUCGCAAGGAAAUUAUCUAUAACAUUAUAUAAUUGUUAAAUCUUGUUUACUUUUGUGCCUAGUUUUGUUGUAUUGUUGUAGCUAAGUAUCAUUCAUACCCUAGCAGCAUCGAAAUCCGAACUUGUAUGACUCCUAUAGCUUUUGUUGUGUACAGGGUCAGCUUACAUAAUAUAAUUGGGUCUUUACAUCAUAAUUGUUGUUACAUUUUGUUAAUUUUAUGGCUAAGUUUGCGUUGUUGUAGUAGCUUUAAUGCUGUAAAUUUAAGUGACACAUUUCUUAGGUGGUAUAGUUUGUAAUUUUGUGUUGUGGACAAAACAUCUGUUGAAAACUUAUCAUUGUCACAGUUCUUAAGUGUUCUUUAAGCAAUAUUUAAAGAUGGAUGCCCAGAGAAUGGAAAAUCACAGGCUUGCAAUGGAGCGACUACAGACAUACAUGACCACAAGUAAAUUCUGGGAAGGUGCGAGCGCAGUUGACAGGCAGAGGAUACGCAAUCAGUCCAAACGACACAAAAUAAAAGAUGGGGUCCUAAUUUAUGUGUCUGUUAAUGGAGAAGAAAAAGAAGUGAUCACAAGCCUCGAAAGGGUGGCUGACAUUAUAGAAAAAUAUCACAGCUCUCCAUGGGCAGGAGGACACAGUGGCAUCGAGGCAACGGUCGAAAAGAUUAGCAGUUUUUACCGCUGGGGAUCAGUGAAAAAUGACGUGACAUAUUACAUUAAAAGGUGUCCUUUCUGCCAGACCCAGCGCUCAUCCAUGUCCCUUAGCCCCAGAGAUGAUGAGCUUCCACGUAAAAAGUCUAAACUGCAGCCAACAGAAGUUUCCAACACAAAAAAACGAUCUUCCAGCACUGUUUUAUCAGCAAGAUCCUCUGCAUCUAGCCAGUCGAAUGUACAACCAGUCAAACCAAAUGCAGGCCAUCGUAUUCCUGUUACACCAUCUGCUCAAGCCAAUGUCAGCCUUGCAAGCACAAGAUUUGCUCUGCCCAGCAAGAAGACUGCAGGAGUGGGAAAGAAGUUGCCAGCAUGUGGCUUGAGUGGUCGACUUAAAGACAUGGAAUACAUGCUGAGCCAACAAGAAGCCAGAAUAAGCAGCCUGCAGUCUCAGCUGGAGACACAUAACAAGCGUGUUGCUCACCUUGAGCAGCAGAAGGAACAGUUGUCUGGAGAUGUUGCUCAACGUGAUAAGUUGUCACAGGUGGUUGACAAGGAGAAUGCAGAGCGACAAAGACAAAGGGACUUCCAGGAAGAGAUGGAUACACUGCACAGUAAACAUCAGCGGGAAAUCGAGGAUUUGACAUUCAGUAAAUUAUAUCUUGAGCGACAGUAUGCUACCCUUGAGGAAGAACUGAAAGCGUCUAGGACAGAGGUGUCAACGCUCAACUCAUCUGUAGCACAUCUUACAUCUUCACGGGCAUCGGUCGAUGCUGAGUUGGCAGCUACCAAGUUAUCCCUUGAGCAAGCAUUCAGAAAAAUUCAAGCCCAUAAAGAGGUGAUCCAACAGCUGAGGUUGGAACUAGCUGGACGGGAUGCCAUCAUUGAUGAGAACAACCGAAAAAUCAGAGAGCAUGAGAAGCAAACUAUACAACACCAUUCAGAAACUAAAGAAGGUUUUAACAAUUUAUUUAAUCUACAGUUUAUUUAAUGCUAACCAGUUAUUGUUUAGGUUUCCACGAUUUAUUGCUUGCUGCAGCCAUUUCAUUGUGAAUAAACAAGACUCUUCACGGUUCAACAAAUAAAUGCAUUGAAAACUCUGAAAAAUGUAGGUAAAAAAGUUUUAGAGCUGCUGUUCUCUGUUGAUAAUCCAGCUAAAGGGGAAGUGGAUAGUCCGGCGGUUAGAGCACCAGGAUCCAGAGUCGUCUGUAUACUUGAACUAGUUAAUUGAAUACCCUUGUGACCCAGCCUACUUUACCCUACUGUUUUGCAAAUAUUGAUAUCUCUGCUGUGGCAUUCAAGUUGAUUAACUUGUGACUUCCUCUUUAUCGUCUAUGUGAACCAGUGUGGCAUAGCACAAAAGAGGAGCAAAUGAUAAUUGCAUCGCCUGCCAAUCAACCAUCGCAGGCCAAAAAAAUGAAGACGUUUGUUUGGUCAUAAUAAUUUCAGACAAGCAUAAAAGGGGGAGGGGAGGAAUUGGUGUUUUAUGCCGAGUCAGCAACAAAGGCUAUAUCAUGGCAAGGCAGCAAACUCUGUAAGCAGAGAAUGCAGAGAACAGCGUGCCUGAGACAAGAGCUGAACCCAGGAAAGCCAACUCUCACUGAAAAAUUCAAGAUUUUACAAUGAUCAGAAAACUCCAGAUAUAUAUAUAAAUUAAAGGGAUUCAAUAGGUAUAAAAAAAAAGUUUUGGUUAUUCUGGAGGGGUGAGUACAGGUGGAAAUGGAAGGAAUGGGGAAGGGAAUAAAGUGUCUGGUUUCACACUAGCUGUAGUAAAUAAACAUUUCACAAGGAUGCUUGGCUAUUUAAUUGUGAGAAAUGCUUUUGUAGGGAAAGAUAUCUGACCCUUUUACUGAUAUCCUGGCAUAAAAAUAAUGUGACUUUAUGACCUAGAUAAGCAAAAAUUCAUGCACUUGGCACCUAAGUAAAAAAUGCAUACCUGUAGCAAAAGCACCCACAUUUUCUGGUAAAGUACUACAUCCCGGCUAUGAUUUACAAUGUCUGGCCAUCCCUGGUGCAACACACCACCUCUACCUUACCAUUGUCAUAGAAACCACACUGAACAGUUAACAGAGAUACAUGAUCCCAUCUUUAAUGGUUGGCAGAAAACUGAAACAUAUUUUGUGCUAUUUCAUGCAGUUUUCAAAGUUUCUGGUUUUUUUUUUUUUUUAAAUCCAUUUCAAGUAAAACAGAAAUGUUCAAUAGUCUUAUAUAAAUAUGUGACUAACAUCGAUAGGCUAUACUACAAGGAAGUGACAAUGAAAAAGUGUAUUGGGCGACCAAUAAACAGCAAGUGAAAAAAAUAACCUACUUACUGUAACAUCUAGCUUGUCCAAGACAAACAGCUAGUGGUUAACUUGAAGUGACCAUAAAAUCCAGUUGUUCUCAACCAGAAUAUGCCUUUUUAGGUAGAGGUGAUACUGCACUAUGAAAUGUUAUGGAGAAAGUGAGCAGAAGUUGAAUAACUAAUGGCACCACAAUUUUGCAUGUUGACAAUGUCUUGAGAGGUUAAAAAGAAAAUUGCAACUUUUUGAAGAAAUCAGGUUCAAAAAUAUUAAUAGCGUCUUUGUCUGGCACGGUAGUGUUAGUUCCCCUAUAAAUCUUUAGUAAAACCUAACAAUGGCAGACUAUGCAUGAUCCAGUGAGAGUGAAAAUGACAACAACAAAAAAUUAUUAUAUGGUUUUUAAGAGCAUUAUUUCAAUAUUUAAAUAAACGAACUUGAAUUUA